UACAGUGUCCGUUUAGCACGCUCAGUAGAUAUCACGUGGGAAUUCGCACCUGUUGGAAUGUGGGCAGAAGCCGAAUUUGCAACAGUCAUCCUUGUAGGCUGCUUCCCUGCGUUCCCUCGGCUCUUUAAAUUCCUUUCAGGGAAAGACAGAGACCCGAAGAAGUAUUCAUACGCCUCGGACCAAAAGAGCAACAGCGGUCGUAAUUCAGCUGCACCUAGAGUAUCCAUUAAUACGCCAUACCAUUGGCAAAUUACCACAGGUACAACAUCAGUGGGAUCAUACUAUCCUCUUGAAGAACGGACGAGAAAAGGCGGAGUUGCGGAUGAGACAAGAAACGAAGCUGAUCCGCGAAGGGUGCAUGUUGUUAGUCAGUUCUUGACAGUCUGAAACUUUCUCACGAAUGUGAUAUGGAUUUGAUACAAUGGCGUUGCUCAUCAG